AUGAGUUGUUCACCCGGAAAAGAGUCGAGGCGGAGGUUUGGAUUAAUGCUGACCAUGUUUUUUUCUGAGCUUGUAACCUCAAAAUUGCAUGCAAAUCAACUUGCAGCAGGAAACAUCCAGGUUAAUUACUUCGACAGGCAGAAUGAGGUCUUUGAAGUGCGUGAGAUGCCAAGUGGACUGGAGUAUGCCAUCGACCUCCGUCGUCAACGAUGUGACUGUGGUGAGUUCCAGGUGGACCGGAUUCCUUGUCGACAUGUGUUUGCAUGUUGUGCAAAUCAACGACUAGAUUGGAAAGUGUAUGUGCAUGACGUUUACAAGAUGGACCAAGUUAGACGGAUUUAUCGAGCUAGGUUUAGGCCACUCGGGAAUCCUACUACCUGGCCUGCUUACAACGGUACUCGAUUCGUACCGAAUCUGUACCUGAGACGUGUUACCAAAGGUCGCCCCAGGAUGACGCGCUUUUUGAAUGAGAUGGACACGCGAAUGUUACGUCGUCCUAGGCGAUGUAGACAAUUUGGGGCUAAGGGACACAGUCAUAGUAGGUGCCGUCAGGCAGUUGGUGCAAGUGCCGACAAUAAUGCUCAGUAUAAUUAUAUUUUAUGA